GUCUAAUUCAUGGCCAAUUAAAUUGUGGCGUUGAUGGAAUUUUGUUCUGGCACCGUCACUCUACCUUUUCCUUUUUGGUAACUCCUCCUUGCUUUUCGCCCAAGAAAGAAAGUGACAGGAACGAACCAGCAGAGACCGCCGACUCAAAAAAACCCCUCACGCCGUUGAAACGUAUGUGUAGUAAAGCUUAUUAACGGCGUCGUUUUGCAUGUACUGUUCCCCUAUAUUUGCUCGGAGUCUGGGUUUUUUUUUCCCUCCGUCUCAUUCCAACUACCUCGAUCUCGAAGGAACCCUCGCUCAUGAAAAUCGAGCCUUAUCGAGAUUUUUAUCGUUUCUGAGAAUUGAGGGAGCAGCGCUACUAAGGUUUGUGAGGUGGCUUUUUAUAUUUGAAUCGCUUAAUGGUCAAAUACAAGAAGGGCAUGUACAUUAUGAAGACUAACAAUAAUACUUGUGUGUGUGAGCCUACUUCAAUGGUGCAUUUCCUGUGAGAAGGGGCUGUUGGAAGGCCACAUUUUUUGUUUUACUUUUUAUUUAGACAAUUGCCUGCGAAGUUGUUGAGUGGGAUUGAUCUAGUAGGUAGAAAUGGAAUCAAAGAUAGCAAAGGAAUUGGAUAGUAGUCGUAGAGUUGCGCCCGGCUUGAAGAGAAAGGAAGCAUCUCUUUCUACAACAUAUAUGGCCGGAGCUCGCGGAGCAGUGUUACCUCAGUGGUCAUCAUCUAUUCCGUUGUCCCUUAACCUUGAUAAACGUAGGAAGGUAGAUGGAUGCAAUGGCCGGCUUAUGAGCCGUGGAUAUAUUUCUACAAGAUUUUUGCGUCGCUGUUACUCAAAUUUCGAGAGAAGUGGGGUUCCACAGCGUAUUCUGUUGUACCAGAAUGGUGAAUGGACUGAUUUUCCUCAAGAUCUCAUUCGAUUGGUAAAGAAAGAUCUUGAAGCAAAGAAGCCAGCUGUUGAGGUGGAUAUGGACGGUGAUCCUUAUGUGCUGGAUUUCCUUCAUAUGUUUCGUUUGGACUUGAAAAGAGGUCUGCAACAACCAAUUUCUUGGAUUGAUGAAGCAGGUGGCUGCUACUUUCCUGAAAUUUAUGAUGAUGCUGAUGAGUAUGACUGCUGCCAGCAUCAAUGUGAGAAAGAUCACGAGCUUUCUUACGCAGGUGUCCAUGAGAUCAAGCUGCAGCUUGAAAUCAACGCAAAUGGAGAAUCUAAAUUAAAGGAAUGCAGUGGAGAGUCGGAUGAUGUUAUUGAGGAGAUUCAAGGUGCUUGCAAUAUGAAGCCUGAUGAAAAAAUUAUUGAAGUUGUUGAGACAAAUAAACAGAUGACGGCAUCUAUGACUGCUGGAGCAAUAUCUGCUAAUGAAAAGUUGGGUUCUGAUAUUGUUCAAAAGAUGUUUCUUGAUGGCAUGAUGCCUUCACGUGGUGUAGAAAUACUUGAUUUAUAUCGCUGUUCUAGUGCUUCAAUGCCAGCUCGUUUAGAGCUUUUUGAGAAGCAGGUUGAAAUCACAAAAAAGUAUCGUGGAGAUGCAAAUGUCCAUUAUGCUUGGCUUGCUUCCUCUAGAGGAGCAUUGUCUACAAUCAUGAUGUAUGGGCUUGGGCAUUAUGGACCAUUUAUAACUACGUCGAAGUAUGGCAUUGGUGUUCAUCUUGCUGCAGCAAACUGCUCUGGUGCCAGUGUGGAUUAUUGUGAUGUUGACGAAAAUGGUGUGCGAUACUUGUUAUUUUGUCGUGUCAUACUGGGAAAUAUCGAGUGCCUUUGCCCUGGGACCCGACAGUUCCAUCCCAGUAGUGAGGAAUUUGACAGUGGAGUAGAUAAUCCUCAGAAUCCGAGGCAUUAUGUAAUUUGGAAUAUGAAUGCGAAUACCCACAUUUAUCCAGAGUUUGCUGUUGGUUUCAAAGUCUCUUCCAAGGCUGAAGGUAAUCUGGUUGGAAGUGAGAACAAGCAUUCAGUUUCAGGGGUUACUACGUCCUCUCAAGGUCGUCUGGGAAAUACACAAAUCAACUUCAAUUCCUCUGCUGAUCUGGAAAAAGAUGCUAGUGUGGGUUCGGCCACUUCGAGGACUCCAAAAUCCCCCUGGAUGCCUUUCCCUAACUUGUUUGCUGCCAUCUCAGAUAAAGUUUCUCCUAGAGAUAUGGAACUUGUAUCUGGUCACUAUGAAUUAUUCAGGGCUAAGAAGUUAAAUCGGGAUGAUUUUGUCAAAAAUUUGAGGCUGAUAGUUGGAGAUGCAUUGCUGCGAAGUACGAUAAUCAAACUUCAAUCCAAGAUACCAUCAGCUUGUGUAACUGAUGCAUCAAAGCCAAAUGUUGAAGGUUUAGGUGGGCCUUGAUUGGCCAUAGCGCAGCGCCUGCAUACUUGAUUCUGGCCAGGUUUUCCGUACAGUGUCUGGGGAUUUCUUUGACACUUGAUUCUGGGUAUUGCAAUGCGUCGACUUAAAGUAGUGAAUACAAUAACGGGCUGGUUACAAGUAUUGUAGGUCUUAGUUGUCUGAAAAGUUUUAGGUGUUCGCUUCUCUAUUUCCCUUGUUUUCUUGUUAGUGAACGAUAUUUUCAACUUGUCAAACUGGAAAUUGUUCCAGAUGUGAACUGCCUCUCGAACCUUGGAUACAUUUUUUCCCUGAAUGUGGACAAUUCCAAUAAUUAUUUCCUUUUUGGUACUUCCGGCAGCAUGAUUUUGCCA